CACCAUGGCCUUCCUCUGGAUCGUCUCCUGCCUCGCCUUCGUCAGCGCCGCCUACGGUUGCGGCGUGCCGGCUAUCACCCCCCAGGUGAGCGGCUACGCCCGCAUCGUUAAUGGCGAGGAGGCAGUGCCUCACUCCUGGCCCUGGCAAGUGUCUCUGCAGCAAUCCAACGGCUUCCACUUCUGCGGCGGCUCUCUGAUCAACGAGAACUGGGUGGUGACGGCCGCUCACUGCAACGUCAUGACGUACCACCGUGUGAUCGCUGGGGAACACAACAAGGGCUCCGGCUCCAAUGAGGACGUCCAGAUCCUGAAGCCCGCCAAGGUGUUCACCCAUCCCCAGUGGAACCCCCGCACCAUCAACAACGACAUCUCCCUCAUCAAGUUGGCGACCCCCGCCCGCCUCGGCACCACCGUUUCCCCCGUCUGCAUCGCCGCGUCUUCUGAUAACUUCCCCGCCGGCAUGACCUGCGUCACCUCUGGCUGGGGUCUGACCCGCUACAACGCUCCCAGUACUCCCAACCUGCUGCAGCAGGCCGCCCUGCCGCUGCUGUCCAACGAGCAGUGCAAGAACCACUGGGGCAGCCAAAUCUCCAACGUGAUGAUCUGCGCCGGAGGAGCCGGAGCCACUUCCUGCAUGGGCGACUCUGGCGGCCCUCUGGUCUGUCAGAAGGACAAUGCCUGGACUCUGGUCGGUAUCGUGUCCUGGGGAAGCAGCAGGUGCUCUACCUCCACCCCCGCCGUCUACGCCCGCGUCACCGAGCUUAGCAGCUGGGUCGACCAGAUACUUGCCGCCAACUAAACGCUCCGAAGAAAGGAA